AAACAGAGACGUCGACAGAGACAGAGAGGAGAAGAGGAAUAAGGGAGAAGUUUUGAGUGUAGUUUGUACGAGUUUCGUUGCCAUGGCCGCCAGUCCUAACAAGCAUCAACCACCACAACUUCAAACACAGACAGAAGAUUCUUGAGCUUCUGAAAUGGACGCCUCCGAUAAGGAAAUGUCAUCCUCUGUUGUCGAGGCGAAUGAUGCAGUCACUGGUCACAUCAUUUCCACCACCAUUGGAGGCAAAAAUGGUGAACCCAAACAGACUAUCAGCUACAUGGCAGAGCGUGUUGUAGGGAGUGGAUCAUUUGGAAUUGUUUUUCAGGCAAAAUGCUUAGAAACUGGGGAGACAGUGGCCAUAAAGAAGGUCUUGCAGGACAAGCGGUACAAAAAUCGUGAGCUGCAGUUAAUGCGCAUGAUGGAUCACCCAAAUGUGGUUUCUCUGAAGCAUUGUUUCUUCUCUACGACAAGUAAAGAUGAACUUUUUCUGAAUUUAGUUAUGGAAUACAUUCCUGAGACUCUAUACCGGGUUCUAAAGCAUUACAGCAGCAUGAACCAGAGGAUGCCCCUCAUCUAUGUUAAACUUUAUACAUAUCAAAUCUUUAGGGGGCUGGCAUAUAUCCAUACUGUUCCUGGUGUUUGCCAUAGGGAUGUGAAGCCUCAGAAUCUUUUGGUUGAUCCUCUCACCCACCGGGUUAAGCUUUGCGAUUUCGGAAGUGCUAAAGUUCUCGUCAAGGGUGAAGCAAAUAUAUCGUACAUAUGCUCUCGUUAUUAUCGGGCUCCUGAACUGAUAUUUGGCGCAACAGAAUAUACAACAUCAAUAGAUAUUUGGUCAGCUGGUUGUGUCCUUGCUGAGCUUCUUGUUGGUCAGCCUUUGUUUCCUGGAGAAAAUGCAGUCGACCAACUUGUUGAAAUUAUCAAGGUUCUUGGUACUCCAACUCGAGAAGAAAUUCGUUGCAUGAAUCCAGAUUAUUCAGAUUUUAGGUUCCCUCAAAUUAAAGCGCAUCCUUGGCACAAGGUUUUCCACAAACGAAUGCCUCCUGAAGCAAUUGACCUUGCUUCACGGCUUCUUCAAUAUUCACCAAGCCUUCGGUGCACCGCGUUAGAAGCAUGUGCGCACCCUUUCUUUGAUGAGCUGCGUGAGCCCAAUGCCCGUCUUCCAAAUGGCCGCCCAUUUCCCCCUCUUUUCAACUUUAAGCAGGAACUACGAGGAGCGUCACCGGAGCUGAUCAAUAGGCUCAUCCCAGAGCAUGUGCGGCGGCAGACUGAUCUCGGCUUCCCACAUCCAGCCGCAAUUACAGUUGAACAAGAACGAAGGACUAUCGAGAAAGCAUCUAGUUCACAUCGUCUUCUUCCACAACGUCGUACAUUCAUUUGACGUGAUCUAUUAGAAGACCAUCAACGCCUUUAGAAUUAUUACUUUGCUCAGUUGUCAAUAUAUUGCCUAAUGUAAUUUU